CUCUGUCUUUUGCUCACACUCACUCACUCGACCCCUCGCAGCAAAACAGGGGAACUCAAACUCCAUAGUCCCGUCCCCCACCCCACCCCAGUCACUCUCGUCGUCUCGCUGUGCUUUUGCAAGUAGCGCAUCUUUUCAACUUUCAUCAUUGUUCCAAACGCCUGACGUCACGUUAAUUUUUCUCGCCCUCCUCCGGCCCUGCGUAACAUAUUCGUGUGUCGUUGCUGCGUUAUGUUUUAAAAGACUUUCUGUGCAAAUAGAGCGCUUCUUCGUUCGCAUUUUUAUGCUUGAUAUAGGGCCGUGCUGCAAGCAUUGGGAAUUGCGUGCGAGUGUUGUGUCGUGAGAUUGUAGUACGUGUGAGGUCUUGGAAUCAGGUGUGGACGAGGACUGUCACUUAAGUGGUUGGCUUCAGCCCUGGUAUCUGGUUUUUGCGAUUGAAAAGUGGAUAGUGGUAGUGCUGAUUCAAGAGCGUUUUGGAUUCGCUAUUUGAGAGUGAAAGUUUAAGGAUCAAGAGAGCGUUUGUCUUGGUGAGGGCGCCUGAGUAGAGGCUUCUCUGUGGACUUGGUGUUGUUUUGUAAUCGGGUUUGAUGUUGUGAAUGAUCUGGUGAGGGGUAUAGGCUAAAUGGUAAAGUAGGUCACGCAUUUUGAUAAUCCCUGUCACUAGCGGUACUACCUUCCGUGAAGUGUCUCUUGGUUGAAGAGGUGAAAGGGGAGGUAUUUCUGUGUGCGAAGUAUUCAGCGUUGUGGGAGUUUUUGAGCCCGACGCUCACACCCUUCGAUUGGAAAGAAUGGCUGCACACGUACCACCUGGCAUGUUUUAACAAGGUUUAUUUGACUGAACAGAUUCUGAUUCUGUAAAGUGAGUGAAGGGUCCGUGAGACCUCUUUCACAGUUAACGGCUUCUCCUCGGGCUUUGAGGCUGCGAUCAUAUUUCCUACUGUGAGGCUUGUACUGCAUCCAGCCUGUGAAGUGAGUCUCGAAGCAACUCAAUAUGUAUUGCCAUGGAUGCUAUUAUCAGUAACGAAGAGGAAGUUUGUUAACGUCAAGACAACCAGCGAGUGUGGAGUAUUGUGUUAUGGAAGCCUUGGUGCAGAGUGUCAGCAACUUCGAAGGCAAAAUGGAGUCCGGAAUGCUUUCCUCUUACCAUGACUUACCGUGGAAGGUACUGUUGCCCAAAGAGCGUGCCAAGGUGCAAAGUAAAUGGAAGGCGAAGUCACGGAAAGUUAGAGACCAGGGAAAGCAAAUGAGCGCUGGAGUUGGCUCAGCCAAGACUUGUGAAAGCUCCACACACACUGUUGGAACAGGGAACCAGAAAGUUGAACCCAAUAGUCAUGAUCUUCCUCCCGUGGAGAACUCUGACUCAGACCAAUCAAGAGCUGAAGAUCCUCGAUCCGAAGAGACUUCGGCCGAAUCGGUUCUUAGCAUGAGCAAUCCCGAGUACCAUGUUUUAGCAGUGGAUGACAGCAUUAUUGACCGAAAAGUCAUCGAAAGACUUUUGAAAACUUCAUCUUAUAAAGUUACAACUGUGAACAGUGCCUUGCGGGCAUUGGAGUAUCUUGGGCUUUCUGAAAGCUGCUCAACCUCAGUCAAGGCCAAUAAAGUUACAGUGAAUCUAAUCAUGACGGAUUAUUGUAUGCCGGAGAUGACUGGAUAUGACCUCCUCAAAAUAGUGAAGGCAGAAACCUCAGCUUUCAAGGAGUUGCCAGUUAUAGUGAUGUCAUCUGAAAAUGACAGUAACCGAAUUAAAAGGUGCCUAGAAGAGGGUGCUAAAGAGUUUCUCAUCAAACCUGUACAGAUUGAAGAUGUUCAGCGUCUGCAUGGUCACAUUAGACUCGCCUCCGCAUCAUCUGGAUCCAGUGAUAGUUCAAAUACUUCGACUUGUGCGAAGAGAAAAGCUCCUGAUGGUUUGCAACCAAAUAGCCCUGUAAGAAGACCAAGAUAUGAAGGAGUGGCUGUUGCUUAAGGCAAACAUUUAAGUGGUCUCUGCUUUUUUAUCAUUUAAAACUAAGGUCAGAUGCAGGACUGGGAUUAGAAUUUCAUUCAAUUUUCAAGGUUGGACCCGAGACGAUUGGAGGAACUACAGGUGGACUGAGGCUCUCCUUGUUGAAGAUUUCUCUUACAAAUUUUGUGCACUUGUGAAUAUCUUAGUCAGCAACCUCAAGAUGAAGUAUCGUAUCGAUAGACGAAGAUUUCAGGAUCUCGACGUCAUGAAGUGUAGACUUUGAAAGUAAAAACUUUCUGAAGGCGUACGGAGCCAGAGAUCAGAAGAUCAGAACAUCUCUGGACAAAGAUAGAACUAAGAUCAGAAGAUGGACAAAGCAAGGACGAAGAUGGAACCAAGAUAUUCUGAAAGAGCCUGUGAUUGUGUUCAUGGAAAAGAAAAGAAAUCUUCAUCUGAUCUCAGACAAUGUGUACUAUAGAUUAUGCAGCAACAGUAAUUCCUGAUUUUUUUGGCCCACACUAGCCUAGAAAUCACGGCUAGUCAGGUUUUCUGUUUGGAAUAGGACAGCUCCGUAGUACUCGCUCAUGCCACGUCUCUGUGGUACCACCUUCAGAGCAGUUUUUUCAUAAGCCUCCGAAGGAUGUUAAAGACCUUUUGCUACUUUCAUCACAAUCCAAAUUGCAAAGUCCUCUAAUUUUUGCUUGUUGGCUUAAUCGGCCAACGGGAUGGGCUGACUUCAGUUCAAACUUU